GGCCCCUGGCUCUGCAGCUGGAGAGAGAGGGAAGCGAGUUUCUCGUGCGGGGAUGGGCGAUGUGGAGUUUCAGAGGCUGUCAGGGCAGCGGGGAGGGAAGGACGGACAGACGGAAGGACGGACAGGCUGCCGCCACCGCCUCCCGGGAGGGGGGGGCAGCGCUUGGAGAAUCUGUGGUGAAACCCCUCCCGAGCAGAUUCAGGAGCUCUAAAAUCUUCAAGCAAAAGCUGGAGUCAGUGCCAGAUCAAACAAGUUCGGAAGAACAAAUGGAGAACUGGUCAAAAGAGAGACACAUCCCGGAACAGAAAAAAGAUGACUUUUGUGCUGAGUUUCAGUUUCAUCAGAAUUCUCAAAAAAACACAGAAUUUUUCAUUGAGGCAGAAGUUGAAGCACCGAAACUUUCAUAUUUGCCAGUAACCAGUCAAAGAAGAGGAGCCCCAAGUGAUUAUAAUUCCAAUCCUGAAGAAUCAAGCACCAUGGAAAUAAAGGCUAACAGGAUGCUCCCUGAAUUUAUACCUUCAUGGAAGGAUGCUGCAGAUUUAGGUGGAAAAACAGAAACUGCAUUCCUUUUAAAAGAAUUGGACACUCUGAGGGCCAAAAAUAAAAAGCUUCAAGAUAAGCUGUCUGAAAGGGACAAGGAGCUGAAGACAAUAAAACUGGACUUAGAACUGCAAGAGAGAGCUACAGAAGCUAAGAUUGCAGAAAAGAUUGCAGCUUUGGUGGAAGAAGUUUAUUCUGCUCAACGGGAACGUGAUGAGGCUGUCAUGGCAAGGCUUAGGUUAGCCAAUGAAGAGAGAGAUGAAGCAUUUCUACGGGUCCAGCGUUUAGAAGAGUCUCUCAAAGAGCUAGAAAAUAUUAACCCUGAAGAAAAUGACAUGACAUUACAGGAAUUACUGAACAGAAUAAACAAUGCAGACACAGGGAUAGAUAUACUGAAGAAUGGAGCUAUAAUUCUGAAUCGAAUACACAGGACCAAAGAACGUAAAAAGAAAAUAAUAGCUGAGGAAAUGAAUGCAGUAAUAGAACAACGGGAUGCUGCUUUGUCUCAAUGCAAACGGCUGGAGCAGGAGCUUCAUCAUCUGAAAGAGCAGAACCAGACUUCAGCAAACAACACGAGACAUCUGACUGCUGAAAACAAUCAAGAACGUGCUCUGAAGGCAGACUUGAUAGCCUUGCAACAAGAAAAAGAGGCCGCUCUUCAACAGUGCAAAAAAUUAGAAGAAGAAAUCCAGACAUUGCAUGUUUAUUACAGCUUAUCCAAAUCUUUGUCUGAAGGAAUGAGUCUGAAGGACCAGCUUAACUGUACUUCUGGUACUUGUGAAGGUGGACCGCAAGGCAGGGAGGGUGUUGUGACCCUUACCUAUCGCCAGAUUGAAGAUCUGGCAGCUCAGCUGCAGCAGGCUCGGUCAGAGCAAAAGGACACAGAGCUGAAGCUUCAGAAAGCCCUGGAGGCUUCGCAGGAGGCCAAUGAAAAAGUUCAGAAGUUGGAAAGGCUGGUGGACGUCCUGAGGAAGAAGGUUGGAGCAGGGACCAUUAGGACCGUGAUCUGAUUGAAAGCUCUAGUCUAAGGAAGCAUUCACAUCUGGUGACCAGGCUGCUUCAUUCAGCACUGUGUAAACACUAAAGCCUUAACUUAGCAAACAGUUGUUAGAAGUGGGACACUCCAGCGACAUUCCAAGCUGAGAUAAAAUCAAAUCAUAAAUGUUUAACUACUUUGCUGCUGAGUUCUCUGAUUUGUUGAAAUGUUUCACUGCAAACAUAUAUUUGUUUUUAAGCAGAUGCAUUGUGGCACUGUGUGCUGUGAAAAAUGAUGUAGAUGCUUAUUUUAACAGUCUGUCCUCUCGGCAUUACUAGACUAUAGUCUGCUGCAAGGCACAGCUUGAUCAUGUGUUCAAAUACUGCAGGCUUCAGGUGCAAAAUCCUGCAAGGCAGUUUCAAAAUUAAAAUCCCUUGUGUCAUUUGUGAGACUGCAAACAGUCCAGUAUUUGUAUGUUAAAUAUAUUAAUUGAUAAAGUAGGUUCACAGUCAAGAAAUAUCUCUGGCUAGUAUAUUGGAGAUUUUUUCCUCCUUACUCAUAGCCCAUUGAAUUGCAGCUAGUGACUGUGGCUACGUCUAAGGGAAGGAUAUAUGUAUAGCUUUAUACAAUGGUUGAAUAGCUACUGCUAGUUCAUGGCGUUUUCAGCGUACGUUAAAAAGAAAUGUACCAUUGGGUUUCACUGGAGGCACAGCUUCAUAAAUCGCAACAUGAAAGCCUUGUGACACUGUACAGUAUGUCAGACAGGGGGGAAGGCUUCAUGUGUUGCUUUUAGUCUCUCCUCUGUUGCUUCCUGUGAGGGAAAAUCUCUCAAACAUUCAGAAACCACCUUAUAUAGUCAAAAUUCACCUAUUCAGUGUAAGGUGGGUCCCUCACCCCUUUCUUACAGGACUUUUUGCCUGCUUCUUCUAGACCUCUGAUUGUUCUGCAGAGCAGGAGUACCAUCCAGAGGUACUCCAGAGGCCAGACUGCCAACCCUCUGCUUUGUGUACUCCUGAAGUGCCCCGGGACUGAACUCUUGGGCUGAAGGAUAGACUCCUACAUGGAGGGGAGAAAUUGAGGGCUGAGGAGGAAAAUUUGGGGUACACAGACACUAUGGACCUUACAGAUACAGGAGAGUCACACCUGUAUAUUGUAUUUGUUAAGUUUGUGACCCAAACAUCUCCCUGUAUUCUGUGUCUUUGUCACAUGACCAAAGGUGAGCAGAAGAGUCAGGUCAGCACUCUUACAAACCUGCUCAAGAAGGCAGCUGCAAUCUCUAGACAGCCCAAAUUCCGUAUUGAAUCUCAGGAGCACAGUGGGCUUUAAGCUACUGCCAGGACCAGCGAGCUCAGGCAGGGUGGACGUAGCUCCCUAAGGCUUCCACUUGCCUUCUCUGCUUUGUGUUUAAUGCUGUUAUGCUGUCUUCCCUCUUAAUGUUUGCUUGUACAGAUGUCAUGAUAGGGCAGUCUAGCUGAAGAAAAUCAAAUUUUAAUUUUGGGUAGGGGGACGCAUUUCAAUGCCAUUUCAACCUUCUUCAUCUGCAGACCUAAGCUCCUCCUGAUUUCAGUUGACGAAAUUGAAACUCCCUUGCAGGGAGAUGACUAGCAUUCCUCCAUGCCUAAUUUACCCAAGUCACUUCUAGAAACUUCUGAAGUACUCCUUUUUGACCUUUGGUCAAUUCUAAGACAGCCAGUGAGUCUGGAAUCUCUCCCCCACACUUAUUCAGUGGGAAGAAAGAUUAAUGCUUCCAGAGCAGAGGACUGUCACCCCCUGACUCCCAGCCCCUUCACCAGCUCCCUUGUGCCCCUCUGGCACUUGGGCGACUGUAGCGGUUUAACCCCAGCCAGCAACGAAGCACCGCACAGCUGCUUGCUCACCCCCAGUGGGAUGGGGGAGAGAAUUGGAAGAGUAAAAGUGAGAAAACUCAUGGGAUGAAAUGAAGACAGUUUAAUAGGUAAAGCAAAAUCUGCGCACGCAAGCAAACCAAAAUGAGGAGUUCACUCACUACUUCCCAUCUGCAGGCAGGUGUUCAGGCAUUUCCAGGAAAGCAGGGCUCCAUCACACGUAACAGUUACUUGGGAAGACAAACGCCAUCACUCCCAGCAUUCCCCCCUUCCUUUAUCUUCCCCCAGCUUUAUAUGCUAAGCAUGACGUCACAUGGUAUGGAAUAUCCCUUUGGUCAUUUGGGGUCAGCUGUCUUGGCUGUGUCCCCCCCCAACUUCUUGUGUACCCCCAACCUGUUCACUGGUGGGGUGGUGUGAGAAGCAGAAAAGGCCUUGACGCUACGUAAGCACUGCUCAGCAUCAAUGAAAACAUCCUUGUAUUAUCAACACUGUUUUCAGCACAAAUCCAAAACAUAGCCCCAUACCAGCCACUAUGAAGAAAACUAACUCUAUCCCAGCCAAAACCAGCACAAAGACUCAACUGCUCUUUUUCCUACUGCCCUCAUUGUGCUUUAGCGCACUAAGUCAAAGACAAGGUCUCCUGAGCUGUCAGUGCUGUUGAAACGUUUCUGCUCUAAGGAAAUGGUAAAGAAGGAAUAAAGAUAAAAAUGUAAAGACUACUGUACUGUGCUAGACCAAAGGUCUAACUACUCCAAAGACUGCCUUUGGCAAUAACCAGUAGAAGAUGCCUAGGAAAGGGUAAAAAGUCCGGCCAACACAAGUGACCUUACUCCCGAAUGGUCUCCCAGUAAUUUGUUAUUUAGGGGCUUUCUGAGCAAUGGUGUCUUUGUAUUUAGCAGCAUUUUUUCAUUACCUGUUUUUGAAUCCAUUUAAACUUUCAGUAUCUGCUUGUUCCUGUCACAAGGACUUAUGCAGUUAAUGAUGCAUUGAGUGAAGAAACAUUCCCAUUUCUUUGUUAUGAGCCAGCUCUAUUCAUUUGCUAUCACCUAGUUUUUCUAUUAGAGAAACGGUGAACAACCUCUCCUUCUUCAUAUUGUUUCCAGGUCCCUCAUGAUUCUACAUAUUUGGCAUCCUUCCCCCACCAUCUCUUUUCCAGAGAAAAUCCCCAGUCUCUUGUAGAGAAGCUGUCUUGUGUUUUUAAUUGGCCUUGUCAUGCUAAUCUAUUUCUUUUCCAGUUCUGCAGUGUUUCUACUGAGAUACAACCAGAUUUGUGCCUGGUAUUCAAGAUACGGACAAAUUGUGACUUUAAUAGUUGUCAUAACAAUGUUGUCUGUUUUAUUCUCUAUGCUACUUGUAACCAUGUUUAGCAUUGGAUUUGCUUUAUGGCAGAUGAUUUCUUGGAAUUAAUAUUUCUGUAAUAACAUUAACAACUCUAGAUCUCAUUCCUUAGUUAUAAUAUUCAGCUCAAAGGUUAUCAUAGGGUGUAUGGGGACAGAACUGUUCUCUGAAUGCAUAACGUUGCAUUUAUGGGUACUGAAUGUCAUCUGCUGUUUUAGCAUGACCAUGAGCUCCUAUUCUAUCUCUUUUCACAGCUCACCUUUACUACUCACAGUAACAUAGUAUCGUCAGUAUCUCCACACUGAAUACGGACAUAUGAAAUAGCUCUAUCUCGAAAUUAACUCCCUUUUCAAGGUGAUUUCUUGGUUAAGUUGAACAUGGGCUCUGGGCAAAGAUGCCUGUAGGACAAUAAGGUAACUUUCCUUCACUGUUAAAAUGAUAUAUUUAUUCUUACCCAUUAUUUUAAUCUAACUGUUAACUACUUAUUUUUCCAUGUAAAGAUCUUCCCUCUUACUCCUUGGCAGCUUUUAUGAGGAAGCUUGUUUGCUACUUUGGAAAUGCAAGUUUACUAAAUCAGGGCUUGCUUUCCACGCAUGAAUGUGCUCAGUUACUCCCUAGGAGAAUCGAGAAGUCUUCAACUUGCCCCAAAUCUUUCCGCCUCUGAGCAAAUAGUCUUGUGAGUGCAGGCUUCAUACAGCAAAACUGUUUGACCUCCAUCCUUUUGUGUCAGCUGGCUUUGUUUAGGAAGGUAGGAUUGCUCAGGCAAAAACAGUCUAGCAGGCUUAAUGUCAGAUACAUCUGGUUGUGGGUAAUAACUCCAUUCGGUAAAAUCAGGUGAUAAUUUUCUUCACAAUUUUCUUUUUGACACAUUGUACCUAAGUGAAAAAAUAUUUUUUGACUCUGUGCUGUCUUGUACCAAAUAGCCUGAAAUUCAGUGAACUUUUUAGUUAGGGGUUAUUAUCAUCCUGUACAUAAAUUACUUUGAAUCACAAUUAAAUUAGGUGUUGAUUUUUAAAAUUCAGCUAGAAAUGUUUGUCGUCAUUGAGAAGGACCUUGGGAAAUUUACUGUGCUGAGAGGUGAAGAUGUGGAAACGGUUGGGUUCUCGCUCUUCCUUGCUAACAACCUGGUGUGUGGUCUUUGGCAAAUCCCUUAGUGACAGCCAGAAAAGGUAUGCAGCCCCUGAAGAGGUGCCUAGGAUCCUCGGGGGAGUUUGCAAAAGCAUCUACGUGGCUAACGUCAAAACACUUUCGCUUCCUCACCAGCUGAAGUGAACAGCAAAAGCCCCACAGGUCCAGCAAGGCAGGCCCAGCCUUUGUGCCCUGGGGUGAAUUUCUGGCCCCAUUGAACCCGGCCUGAGUUUUGCCUUUCAGCGUAAGGAGGGCAGGAAUUCUGGUCUGGCGUGUAGAAAUAGGCAAUAACGAUAACAAGGGUUAAUUGGCUUUUAUCAUUUAUUCAUUGAGAACUGAUUGAUGUCCAUGCAGAGCUCUGAAGGUGAAAAGAAGCCUGCCCUAUAUAGCAGACAAAUGCAAUUGUCACUUCUGUCCUAAUUUAUGAGAGAAGGAUGAGAUUGCAUCAGAUUAGGUACCGGGAGUAGCAAUUCAUUUGCCUCCCGAUGGAACAGCAGUUCAUGAUGAAAGGUGGCUCACCACAAGCAAUGCUUAUGGUGACGGUUGUAAUUACUGGUCAAAUUAGUGUCCCUGCUGUCUUGAAGAGCACUGAUAUCCUCAGAAACGUCCUUCCCCUGUGAGAUUCUGUGUGUCUCUCUUGAUGAUCCUGCAGCACGUUACGCGUUGGGAGCCAUUUCUGGUAUAUGCCAGGGUAAAAUAUGUAAAUAGCAUCAUGUUGGCUCGGGAUAAGAGCGUUAUUAAUGCUUUUCAGCACUGUAAUUAUAUUCAUAGUAAGCCUUCCCUAAGCCCUCACUAAUUAACAAUAUUGUGACAAAUCAACUUUAACAGAAAAGAACUGUGGACCUUUAGUCAUUUAGUACUGUUUUUCAUUCAGCCCACAGCCCAAAAUUGGUAGCAGGGUUUUCUGUACUAGUGUUGGGAAAACUGCUGAUAUUUGAAAAGUUCAGAGCCAGCUCAGUCUUGUUAGUGGAAUCCUGUAGAUGCAGUCAGUUUGAUUCCUCUUUAAAUAUAUUCACAGGAAAGUAAGAUUCAUUAGUUAAUCAUUAAUGUAGGGGAAUAUUAAAACUGCUUUUACAAAUAAGCCAUCAUAUUGAAAUAGUUUAGUAAUGUCAAUAUGUUGUCAUAGGCGCAUUUCUUUCUUUAUUCCAAAUCACAGGACGUUUUACAAGAUACCUUAAUUUUCAAAUUAAACGGCUUUAUAAAUAUUUUUAUCAGGUGAUCAAGAUUUGUAACAUCUUUAAUCCACGUACACAAAUGAACUUGCUAUCUAAAUGUCAGGAUUUCUCGGAGCCUUUAUCUUCUUCAUUUGGAAUAAUUCCAGAUGAAAGCUGUUAGGUUUGUUGGGUUUUUUUCUUUUUAAUUUUUACCCCCUAAGAUUCCCCUGCCGUGCAAGAAUAAGCUGUGAGGCACACAAAAUCACUGACCGGCAGUUUCUCUGAUACCGUGCUUGCUAUGAUCGCAGCGUUACACGUACUGACCCUUAUCGCUGUGCCAUUUCACAUCAGGUCUGCAGAGCUGGACUUUCUCUGUUUGUUCUUCUCAUGCAUUGGUAAAUAAAAUGUAUUCACAAGUCCAAAAAACCAAAGUGGUGUUCUCAUAUUAGGUUGAUUAUAAGUCAGCUGUUGAGCUUCAGUGGUCUAAACAUUUCAGUCUUCAGUUUUGUUGGGAGCACACGUGUUCUGGGAGGCUUUUAAACAAAUACUUGAAAUGGUUGAAAGAUUUACAUUGCCAGUGCCUGGCUAAAUAUGUAGUCUUUAGAAAAGACAUGGUUUAUUUUGGCACCAUUUGAAAAACUCAAAUAUUUUAAACAUUUGUUAAGUUCAAGCUUGCACAUUUGAACUAAAAGUUUGCAUUCCAAAAUUGCAUCUUGGGUUACCUGUCUCUCUCUCUUUUGUAUUUUAUA